AUGUUCAGACGUUUCUGUCAGUGUGUCCAGGCCACGCGGCAAUUGGCGACAAAAAUACCCCGAGCGAACAAGCUACCGCCGCGGCCAAAGCUCAAUGAGGACGAGAUCGCCGAGAAAUUCAUUAAGGGCGGCUCUGGCAAGGGCGGCCAGAAAAUCAACAAGACCAACUCGAAAGUGCAACUAACACACAUUCCCACAGGGCUGGUGGUCACAUCGCAGGCUACACGGUCGCGCGAACAGAACCGCAAGAUUGCGCGCGAGCUGCUGGCGGCCAAAAUCGACGAAAUGCGCAACGGCGAGAAAAGCAGGGCCGCCAUAGUAGCCCUGCGCAAGAAGAUGGUGAAAGAGCGUGCCAAAAGGAAGACCAAGGCUAAAUAUAGAAAGCUUGAUACCACAUCUGACCACGAUGGCCAAUGGGACGCGGUCGUCGACCUAGACGAGGACGAACGAAAAGUGUAA